AUGCUCUCCACCCGUCGAGAACAAGAGAAUCGGGUGCUCAGUCACCAGGGCACCUCCAAGCAGCAGCAGCCCAAGACGCCGGGCAUGCGAUAUCUGCAGCGAGGCAAUGAGAACGCACUGACAGGCUUUACAACCAAAAAGACAAUCCUGGGAACCACCAAGCUAGGAGAAAAUGCAAAAUUUAUUGGCAAAACACCGCUACUGACCCCCACCGGACCUCGGAUCCGAGCGCCGUUGGGAAACAAGACAACAAACGCCAAAGCCAGAAACGACGAAGGCCAUGGGAUCGGCGGUAAGGGCGCCGCAAAAGGUAUUGAGAAGUCAGAGACAAAGAAGGCCACAAUUCAGAAAAGGAGACAAAAGCAGAGACAAAGACAGGCCGAGCCAGCGCCAAAGCGGUUGCUCUUCCCAGCUAGAGACGGGCACGACCCCUACCAAGACGAACCUGAAUACGCUCCUCCCAACCCUCGACCCCUACCCUACCAGUCGGACGUCUUUCCAAGCAACGGCCUUAGUUUGAAGGGGCUAAACAAAGAAAAUCUACUCAAGGGUUACUAUGAGCAUUUCUAUAAUCCGGUGGACGACGACGGCGUGUCGCGUGCGGAUAAGCAGCUGGAGAAGGAGGUGCAAACUGCGCUAGAGAAGGCGAUAAAGCGCAACGAAAGCGAGACGGAAGAGUUCACAUGGAACAGUGCCGAUAUACCAGAUGAGUCGGAGGUUCGAUGGUAG